AUGUGCAUGUACAUGUACUCCACGUUAUUUUAUUCAUUUUUACUUUUACAGGUGUCAGUAGGGAAGAUAAAUUUCUUCAUGCACGUAGAUGAAGUGAAGAGUCCCGGUAAUAAACUUCAAGGAGGGUGUUGUCAGGGUGUGACCGGUACUAAAUGUACCAAGUUGUGUAAACCUGUACUCACCGUAUGUCUUAAAGACAGUAGUCAUUCCUGUGUGUCUAGUUUUACCACAACAUUAGACAUGAGACGACAAGACGUCUUUUAUGGUUCUCAAGUUGGGAAUACAACAAACCCAAAGUUUUUAGAAAUAGAUUCAUGGAAAAAUUAUCUGGACAAGAUAUCAGUGACAGUGGUAGAUUUACAACACUCCUCCUCACCACUCAUCUACAAGUCAGAGUUCUUAGACUACAAUCUAAAAAUAGGAGACAACAUACUUUCACAGAACUGGCGACAAAAGAAAUUGGCAGCAAGUUAUUUCUCGGAUAAAAAUUCCUUUUUUAUCCAGAUAACGUACAAGGCGUACUGUUCUGAGGGUUACUAUGGAUCAGACUGUACAGCUCAUUGUCCUGGUAAUCCACAGAAGUGUGUCGUCAACGGUCAUACCUACUGUAAAAUGG